GUAUGUGGUCGUACUACAGCGCUGCAACACGUUCAUAUGAUGCUUAGUACAGCGUGUUUGUACUGUGUUUUGAAUAAUGUCAAAGAGAGCGUCGAUAUUGAAUCGAAUUCGGGUAAUGUCAAACAAACAAUCGAAAGAAAUUCAUAAGUCCAUUUUUCAGAGAGUCCAUUUUCAUUUAUCUGCUGUAACAGCAGUGCUGGCGAUGUUGUUCAAGAAAAGUUCCAAAAGGGCGAGAAAGACAUAGCGAGAGAGAGAGAGAGAGAGAGAGAGAGAUAGACCGGCACAUAGAGAGAGAAAAAAAGUAUGUCAUCUACAUUUAUUCAUUCGCUAUAUCUGCUUUAAUUAUGCGAGAAAAGAGCGGACAUAUUGGAGCUGUGUGUUUGUCAUUUUAGCACCAAUACAUAGGCCACAUUAAUUUCCAUACUAACAAAUUCGACGAGAGAAAUGGCAAAAACAUUGCCAUGUUCAUUCUAUGGUCUAAAAAAAUCGCAUUGGACAACCAUUGAUUGGAAAAAAUAUGCGGAGCAAAACUGACGCCGUGACCACUACACACACGUACAUACAUUUACAAUGGGACGGCAAUCUCGUACCAACAUCCGUUGCAAUGUUUUUUCUCCAUAACACGUUCUUUUUUAAUGAGCCCUUGGUAGUUAGUAUGUUGGUACCCAAGUUGGUACAGGAAACACGUUUCAGUUUUGUUACAAUUGGCCGACAUUUUUCAUUCAAAACACAACUCACAAUCUUUAUGUGAGAAAAAGUGAUUCCAAAUUUUAGUUCGGAACAUAUUUUAAGAUCAAAGUUCAAAAAAUUCAAAUCAAAUUCAGAAAUUUGCAAUAGUUUUGCGGGUAAAAAUAUAAAAGCAGUGCUAUUUCUCACAAAAACUAUACCGAAAUGUGUGAGAAAUCUGUGAAUAUUCUAAUCAAGAACGAAACUUGUUGAAUUCUCAUAUAAAAUUUCAUUCAAUUCCUGUUGAAAAAUAAAAUUCUCGAUAAUUUAUGAACGGAGCUACGAAAAUUUUUGCUUUGAUUCGUGUGAAAAUUGCAAAACAUCGUAAAUUAUUUCAAAAAUCAUAUUUCUCCGAAUUGUGUGCCUAAAAUCAGAAAAAGUGUGAAUUCAAUGAAAAAAUGAUUAUUUUCAUCGCAAAUAUCACAAGAUGUUUCCAGGCAAAAAGGCAAAAUUGUGCAAAAAAUUGAACAUUGAGACACGGAAUUAAAUUUCAAUUGAAGAAAAGUGCGAAAUAAAAAUGAUUGCAAGUAGAAAAUUGAUGCCAGCGAUCACUCCGAUGACCACAUCAAAUCCAAAGCGGCGUUUGAUCAAAGUAGUUCAACAAUAUGAAAUUGAAGGAAUGAGAAAAGUUCAGUGGUCGACCAAAAUGUUCGAAUUGAUGUCAAUAAAUCAAAGAAGAGAGUGACGAAAGGGAAUUACUUGAAGUCGAGUUAGUUUUCAUUUGAAACCAUGGCUCUGCCACAGUAAGAUUUCAUUAUUCACUUUCAAAAAUUCGACUCUGAAAAAUAUCUGAAUUGUUCAAACACAAAAAUUGUGCAACAGUGAAAUUAACGACUUUUCCAUUCGAUUUCGGCCGAAAGCCCGAAAAACAUCGAUGUCACUGCUUCGGAAUGUCAAAGAACAUCGCUUGCGCUGUCACCUUUAAAAUGAAUACACCUUAUCGAUGUGUGCGUGAGGGUGAAUGAUAGGCGGUGAACGCGCGAGCUCCAUUCGAUUAGCAGCAGCAGCAGUAUCAGCAUCAUUGCAAGUCAGUCAGCCGUCGAGGAGCGUUCGCAAUUUAUAUCGACCAAUUUGUUUUGUCUGUGAUUCGUGUAUCAUACGAGUGUUUAAUAUUUGUAUAAAUUCUAAUCGAAAAUCGGUGAUUUAAAUCCAAAUAAAUUAGAAUCAUUUGUCUAAAUAAAAAAGUGUUAAAAUUUUGUGAAGGUCGAUAUACAUUUUGCGAAAAUGGCCAAAAAACGAAAGAUGUAUAAGGGGCAGCAAGACAUCGGUCCAAAAGGCCAGCUUCUCAGUGGCGGUGCAGUUCCUGGUACUGCUGGUGCUACUGGCCAGUCAACGGACGAAAACGAUGAAGAAGCAAUGGUCGUGGCCGAAACGUAUGCAGAAUAUUGGCCAGCCAAGUUGGAUUUCGGCAAAGCGCAUCCGGACCCCGUGGUUGAAACGGCCUCUCUCUCAUCAGUCGCUCCAACCGACAUCACAUACAAACUCGCGAUCCCAGACAAAACCAUCGAAGAAGGAAAAUUGAGUGCAUUACAAUUGGAAUCAAUUAUUUACGCAUCUCAAGCACAUGCUCAACUGUUACCAGAUGAAUCACGAGCUGGAUUCUUGAUCGGUGAUGGUGCUGGGGUUGGCAAAGGCCGAACGGUAGCCGGCAUUAUUUUUGAAAGCUUUCAACUUGGUCGAAAGAAGGCCAUUUGGGUAUCAGUUUCAGCUGAUUUGGUGGAAGAUUCGAAGCGUGAUUUGCGAGACAUUGGUGCUGGCUUCAUUCAUGUCAAUAAUUUGAGCAAGCUUAAAUAUGACAACAUCAAUUCGAAGGCAAAUGGUUACAUCAAAGAGGGUGUAAUUUUCAGUACAUACUCAUCAUUGAUUGCUGUUCAAUCUGGAAAAAAGAAGAAGAGUCGUUUGGAUCAACUGGUGCAAUGGUUUGGCGACAAUUUUGAUGGUGUCAUCAUUUUCGAUGAAUGUCACAAAGCCAAGCACUUGGUCAACAAAAAUGGCAAAAGUGGCACAAAAACCGGCAUAGCGGUCGAAGAGCUGCAGGCAAAGCUUCCGAAUGCCCGUGUUGUUUAUGCAUCGGCCACAGGAGCUUCUGAGCCGCGCAACAUGGCCUACAUGGUUCGACUAGGUCUAUGGGGACAAGGAACGCCGUUCACAAACUUUGGCGAGUUUCUCACAGCGGUCGAAAAACGUGGCGUAGGUGCAAUGGAAGUGGUAGCCAUGGACAUGAAAUUGCGUGGCAUGUACAUCGCUCGGCAGCUCAGCUUCCAAGGCGUCACAUUCCAAAUCGAAGAGGUUCCAUUCGACGAAGAAUCGGAGCAAGUGUACAACGAUUCAGUGGAUUUGUGGAUGGAAGCGUACAACAAUAUGAAAGAAGCGAUUGAAUUGAUGAAACCGGAAAAAACUGGUCCGCUAUGGGGUCAGUUCUGGGGUGCGCACCAGCGAUUCUUCAAGUACUUAUGCAUUGCAUCAAAAGUCAAAUAUGCAGUGAAAGCCGCUCAAGAUGCGGUCCAAGAUGGCAAAUGUGUAGUGAUCGGACUUCAGUCGACGGGUGAAGCUCGUACUCUUGAAGAGCUCGACAUGCGAGGUGGCGAAAUAAAAACUUUUGUAUCAACAGCCAAAGCAGUUUUCAAGUCAAUGAUCCAAAAACAGUUGCCGGCUCCACGUCUGCUGAUGAAAAAGCAAACGAAGGCGUCUGAGCCAUCGAAGCCAUUGCCUUCGAAGCGUAAGCGUUCAAGCACUUUGAAAUCACGCGCAUCAGUCCAGAAGCGACCACGCGAGGUAAAUGGUGUUAUCGAUCUUGACUCAGACUCGGAAACGGAAAUUGAUGAACCAGAAGACGCAUCAGAUGAGAGCGACUUCUCAGACAAUGAAAAUGAUUCAGACGACAGUGAAAAGACCAUUUUAUUCGAUCGCAGCGACACGGUUUUGAGCGAUUUAGAUGAUUUUUUGGACGACGAUUCCGAUGAUGGCUUCAAUUUUAAGAAGAGCAAGAGGCAAAAGAAAGGCAAGGAUGCGAAUGAAAAUGUUGACCCAAAGGAAGUGGAAACAAGUCCAGAGGACGAGGAAAAGAAACGGUUGAAUGGCAAGCGAGCAGCUCAACUGAAAAUGGAUCUUCUCGAUAAAAUCGAAAAGCUCGGCGAACGUUUACCCACAAACACAUUGGACAAUCUGAUCGAUUUACUCGGCGGAACCAACAAAGUGGCCGAAUUGACCGGCCGCAAAGGUCGUGUAGUGAAAACGGCAAAAGGUGUUCGAUAUGAAUCACGUGGAGAGGACGAUGUGUCUCUAGAUAAACUGAACCUGGUCGAAAAGGAUCGUUUCAUGAAUGGUGAAAAAUUGAUCGCAAUCAUCUCCGAAGCUGCAUCGAACGGAAUUUCGUUGCAAAGUGAUCGUCGAGCAAUAAAUACGCGGCGUCGUGUACACAUCACGCUCGAAUUACCAUGGUCGGCUGAUCGAGCCAUUCAACAAUUUGGUCGUACACACCGUGCAAAUCAAGUCAGUCCACCAGAGUACAUUUUCCUCAUCUCGGACCUGGCUGGUGAGCGCCGCUUUGCGGCAUCGGUCGCAAAACGACUCGAAAGUCUGGGCGCAUUGACACACGGCGAUCGACGUGCCACAGCCGACACUCGUGAUUUAUCCCAGUUCAAUGUCGAGAAUAAGUAUGGUAAAGCAGCUCUACGCACCGUUUAUAAGACCAUUAACGGUCAUAGUGAUGACACAUCACUUGCACAGCCAGAUGACUAUAAAGGUGACUUCUUUGGUGAUUUGUCAAAUGCAUUGGCUGGCGUUGGCUUGCUCGAAGACAUCGAAGGCUCGUCAAAAAUGCGGCGUAUGAAGGACAGUGACAAAGGAGAUAUUGCGAAAUUCUUGAAUCGCAUUCUGGGCUUGCGCGUCAAGCUACAAAAUCAGCUUUUCAAAUACUUCACCGAUACCAUGGAAUUUAAGAUCGAAGAGGCCAAAAAAGCCGGCGAAUAUGACAUGGGCAUCAUGGACAUGGGAAAUACCGAUAACGUGAAGGUGCUCGACACAAAGGUAUUUCAUCGCAAACACGCCACUGGUGUCGCACCGAUCGAGCUAUAUACCGUUGAAAUUGACCGAGGUAUCACGUACGAUGAGGCCGUAAAAAAAUGCGCCGAAUCGACAGACAACAAUGAAGGUUUCUACAUGCAAACCAUGGGCUCACGCCAACUCGCAAUGAUUGCGAUGUAUUCCAAAAGCCAAAAAGCGGCCCGUGGUGCAAUGCAAGUUUACCGGCCGAAUGUUGGCAUGUGCACACCCCUUGUGAGUUUGACUGACAUGAAGAGCAAGCACAACAAAGUGACCCCGAAUCAAGCCGAAAAGUAUUGGAACCAUCAAUACAAUGCGUCGGAAAAGAUGUGCGUGCACAUGUACUGGUAUGGAACAUGCAAAAACAGCACAGCAGGCUUUUUAUGUGACAUUGGUUUGCGUAAACGUGAAUAUUACCUGAUCGCUGGGUCAAUUUUUGCGGUUUGGCAACGCAUCGAACACCAAAUCAAAGCAAAAUCACGAGCCUCCGUGACGCCAAAAUUGCAAGUAGUCCGCAUGAAAACGGCUGGUGGGCGAAAGAUCGUUGGUAUUUUGGUGCCAAAAACUGUGGUGAGUCACAUCAUCGAUGACCUUGAAACAGACUCAGUUCCAGCUCCAUCCAGCUCUCCCAACGAUCAAAUCGAUUUGGUUCUAACCGACGAAGAAAGCGACUCACUCGAUGAAUAAUUGAUUUAUUCCCAUCAUUUCAUUUCCAACGACACAUUUGUUUACGUAGUGUUUUUAAACAUUGAAUCAAUCACACAAUCGAAUUGCAUUUUUUUUCAUAUUAUCAUUGAAUUUUCCAUUUAUUUUUUCAUCUUUUUUCAUAAUACUUACUCAUUCUUUUGUAAGAGAAACGUUCAAAUUAGUGAAAAAUAUUGAAGAUUAAGUUAGAUAUUGAACAUUAACGACUGAAUUUGUAGAAGAAAUGCCUUAUUUUGAAAGAAAUCUCCAAUUGUGAGGAAAAAAACAAACGUCUAACUAUGACAGAAUUAUUAACGAACCAUCGUUUUUGAACCCGACAAAACUGGAUAAAUAAAAAGAUUUUGAAGUUGAAAA